CCUUCAUCGCGCUCGUCACGCCAGCUUUUGAGGCUCAACAAAUCGUUUCUUGUUCUCAUACUUGAAAGAUUGGUACGAUUGUUCAUAUAUAGCUUGUAGCAUAAUUCGAGCUCGUGACCGCACCUGGCGCAGGCUUGCAAGCUCAACACCCUCGUCCUGCCUGUGACUGCCCGAAAGCUGUAAAGAGUCCUCGCCAAUCAAUUGAAUUCACCAGUCGCGUGAGUGUCAGGCUCUUACAAGAACGACUACGAACAAAUAUGUCAUUCAGCGACGAGGCUUUGAAAGCCAAACUAUCAACCUUAAAUGAGACUCAAGAUAGCAUUGUAUCAGUCUCACAAUGGAUCAUGUUUCACAAGAGGCACGCAGACCGAAUCGCGAACUACUGGCUCACCCGACUCCGCGACUCACCACCCGCCAAACGUCUCAACUUCAUCUACCUAGUCAACGACAUUGUCCAAAACGCCCGAGCACGCAAGCGCUCAGAGUUUCCCGAUGCCUUCUCCCCGCUAAUGGCCGAAGCAAUCCAAACGGCCUACCGCUCAUCACCACCCGAGACUCAAAGCAAGAUCCGUCGUGUCGUCGAAGUCUGGCGCACGCGCAAUGUCUUCGAAACGCCCAUCUUGGAGGCGAUUGAGGUGCGAAUCGAUGAAAUCGACAAAACCAAAGGCUCGAGCGGCAAGAAGACCCUGAUGGGUCAGUCUCUGUUCAACUCGUCCUCAUCAACGGGGAUGCCCAAGGAACUGGAGACUCUUGGACCGCUUCAGAUCGCAGUGACCAAGGAGACUAUCUCAGCCCGUCCGGCCAUCGACACGGCACAGACAGAAUACACAAAACUGAACGACCCCUCAGCGGUGUUGCCCAGCCCGCCAGUAUACGCCGCCCGGUUGUCCAGCCUAAUCAAGUCACUCGCAGCAGCCGAAUCCUCCGUCUCAGCGAGCGUAAAGGCACGCAAGGCUUUGAUUGCUGAUCUGGAGCGUAUCCUGGAAAUUAACAAAUCAGCACUAGCUAAGGACGAAGAAACGUACCUCCAGCUCGAAAGCAGGAAGACCAGCACCGAAGCUAAGAAGCGCGAGGUCGAAGACAGCAUCAUUCGUGGUCUGUCAGCUGCCGAGCAGUCUCCAACUGAGAACGCUGCUGUCCUGUCACCAGACCUCAACAGUGCGAAUGACGCAAGUGGUUUCCGGUCCGAGCGGCCUGAAAUUGAAGAGCUCACACCUGAGCGUGAGAUGGCAGCCGACGAGUACGCCGGCUUUUUCCAGUCACCCUCGCAGCCUCAACAGGAUGCGGCUUACCAGCCAUCUGCGUCGCCGCGGGCUAGUAAUCCAGCGGUGGCAGCGGCGUUGGCCGGCUUUUCUGGAACCGAUUAUAGUCUGCUGGGCAACACGUUCGAUGGAACUGCGUACGGAGGUGGCACAGCUUCAGGUUCACUGACGCGUGGGCGCUCGAGUAGUGGGCAAGGCACGAACGGACUAAGCGCGAAGCGGCGUAAAUUGUCGCAUGGGGAAGAGGAGUUGGUACCUGACUUGGGCGAGAUGGGAAUGGAAGGGUUUGGGCAGGCGGGCGCGGCGGUUGCAGGCGAUGCUCAUGGGGCGAAUGAAGAUGCGUUGAGGAAUCUGGAUGAGGAUGUGAAUGAGUUGUUGAGGCAGGAGGGUGGCGGCCAGUAGAUCAGCAGUCUUCCUUUGUACUACCACAACGAUCAAACGCCUUCUGAC